AUGAUGUUUGAGCGUGGUAUUCGUGGGGGAAUAUCCCAUAUAUCAAAAAGAUAUGCAGAAGCAAAUAACAAAUAUAUGAAAGAUUAUAAUCCUGAUGCGGAGUCUACUUAUAUUCAAUAUCUUGAUGCAAAUAAUCUAUACGGUUGGGCAAUGUCUCAACAACUUCCUACACAUGGAUUCAGUUGGAUGAGAAACCUAACAAAAGAAAAAGUAAUGGAUAUUUUAGAUAAGGCAAAUCAUAGUAUGUCAAAUCGUGGAAGAAAAGGAUAUAUAUUUGAAGUUGAUUUGGAAUAUCCUAAAAAACUAUGGAAAUCACAUAAUGACUAUCCUCUAGCACCUGAAAAGAUGAUUGUUAAUGGUGUUGAAAAACUUAUAUGUCAUUUUAAACCCCGAAAAAACUAUGUUGUACAUUAUCGUAAUCUUAGACAAUAUCUUGAGAUGGGAAUGAAGCUUACUGCUGUUCACAGAGGAAUAUCAUUCUAUCAAAGUUCUUGGAUGGAACCUUAUAUAAGAAAAAAUACAGAACUUCGAAAAACAGCAGCCAAUAGUUUUGAGAAAGACUUUUUCAAAUUGAUGAAUAAUUCAGUAUUUGGAAAAACAAUAGAAAAUAUAAGAAAAAGACAGAAUAUAAUUCUUAUUGAUGAUCGCGCCAAAGCUGUAAAAUUAACAAGUCGACCAAACUUUGAUAGAGCAACAAUAUUUGAUCGUAAUCUUAUUGCGGUUCAUAUGAAGCGUACAGAAGUGUAUUUUAACAAACCAGUAUAUGUUGGUCAAGCAAUUCUAGAUUUAUCAAAAACAUUAAUGUUUGAUUUUCAUUAUAAUUAUAUCAAAAAGAAAUAUAGAGACAAAGCUGGGUUAAUGUUUACAGAUACUGACUCACUUUUAUACCAAAUUCAUACGGAUGAUUUUUAUCGCGAUAUAUCUAAUGAUAUAUUAGAGAAGUUUGACACAUCUGAUUAUCCUCCAGAUCAUGAAUCUGGAAUACCAACAGGAGUUAACAAAAAAGUAAUAGGAAUGUAUAAAGAUGAAGUAUCUGGUAGACAGAUUACAAAAUUUGUUGGCCUUCGUCCAAAACUUUAUACUUUCAAGAUAGAGGAUGGAAGUUUAACCAAAAAGUGUAAAGGUGUAAAGAAAAAUGUUGUAAAAAAGGGAAUAGAAUUUGAAAAUUAUGUUGAGUGUUUAUUUACUGGUGAAAAGCAAAUGAGAACUAUGAAAAUUAUAAGAAGUGAAAAUCAUGAGAUUUACUCAAAGGAAGUAAAUAAAAUAGCUUUGAGUAAUGAAGAUGAUAAAAGAAAGGUCUUAGAGGAUAAAGUAGAAACUCUUGCUUUAAGAUAA